AUGGAAGACGGCGGAGAGACCGAGGGAGAGCACUCGCGGGCGAAGAAACGGGCGGGCCGCCCACCAAAAUACGACUGGACCGACAAGAAGGAUAUUUGCCAUCAGCUCUACGUCCAAGAACACAGAAGCGCCGCCGAGAUCCAGAAAUAUUUCUCGCAGACUUUCCAUCUCGCCCUCACUGAUCUGCCAUGUCGCAAGGGCUUCCUGCGCCAGUUCGCCGUCUGGGGCUUCCCCAGUCACAACAAGAAGCUCACGCCAGAGGAGACUGCAGCCGUGGCGGAUCGCAUUCACGAACUGUGGAAUCGCAACCUGAACCAAAAGGACAUCAAGAGCGCCAUUGCUGCCGAAGGCUACGAGGUCAAGGACUACGACUUUUCGAAGAUCUGGAAGAGUCUGGGCUUGCGCCUGCGCAAUGAAGCUGGCUACAAGCCUCCCGAUCCCGAGAAGAACAAGAAGAAGCGGCAGCCAGCUGCUGAUGCGGCUACUGUCACUCCUGAUGGGGACCAGGUGGAUGAGGAGGCCUCGCCAAUCUUGGCUCCGCUCACCUCGGACCAAGAAGCUCUGCGUCAACAACGCCUGCUCCAGAUCCAGCUUGAAAGCGACCAGAAACUAGCUUCGAACAAGCGACGUCGCCGCAUCCGAGGCUUCGGCCACUUGCCUCCAGACGCUCCGGGACUGCCCCCGAGAUACAACUCCGAGACCAGCUUGGACGAGUGCAAAGCGAUUCUGCAUCUUGGCAACGAAAUGUACCAGAGCGUUCGCGCCGAGUUUCAGAGGAUAUGCGAGCACAGGAGCAUUCUCAAGAAACGAAAGUGUGCCGAGGGCGUCUGGGACGAGGCGAAGAGGAGUCUGGUCGGUGAUAAUAUACACCUCCGCGCCAUUAUGGACCCCGUACAGCCCGACCAAGACCGCAAACGCGUUGCUCUGGAUGUCUUAUGCCAGGACGUAACCAAGCGCAUGCGUGUAGCCGGCAAUCAGAUCACAGUCGCCGAGGCAAACAAUAUCAUUGGCAUCAAUCCCACCGAAAGCAAAGCGAUUCGUCGUUCACUUUACGAGAUCCUGAGUGCGGACCAUUUCGAGUCCCGUUUGCUGAGUGGCGAGGAUCAUUUUCAGGCCCUGAAGCAGCAAUGGCUCGACUCCAACGAUGAGAAGCUACAGCAAGCUCUCCAGUCCCAAGACGCACGCCAGAUGAAAGCAGUCGAACUGCUGUGCAGUGACGCCAUGAAGCGUUUCCGCGAAGACAAGAACAAGCGUGGUGAACGACAACCGGUACAGCGUAAUAACAGCUAUGGCCCCGGGCCAGGUCCUGCCUGGGCUGCUACCGCUCCACGGUCCAGAGCCGGCGCCGAAGCAAGAGCUCUGCGCGAAGCUGGUCAACCUGUACCCAAGCCGAAGCAACGAAGUGAUGAUCCACCAAAUCUCUACCCGCCUCACAUCACCAUUUCGAAUACCACUCUCGCUCAGCCCUCCGAACCACUCCAUCUCGAUCCUGCGCUGGCGGCACCUGGCCCGUUCGUGAUCGAGCAUCCUUCUCAGCCUAUUCCAGCCUACUUCCGUCUGUCGCCCGAUUCCAAUCUGACUGCUAGUCAUCCCAAGAUCUGGCAUGGCAGAAUGGCUGCUGCUACUAUGCAGGAUUUGCACGCUGCUGCGACCAGUAAGACUGGUGUUGCCGUCGCUACCAAGAUCAGUGGUAUCGUGAAGAACCCCGAUGGUCCGGACGAUAGUUGGCAAAUCGAUCUCGAUGAUGAGUUGGAGGUUUAUCUCGAAGCUGCUGGUGACAAGCCAACGUUCAUGGUUGUGCUGAAUGACGGACGGGGUUGA